AUGUCCACGGAAAAAUCUACAUCAUGCAUUGCAGAGUCCAAGCGCUCCUUCUUCCUAGUAAGAAACCUGCUUAGUGAAUCGGAAUUGACCGUCCCCACUACCUCUGAACCAGAGGUCGAUACAAAUAUUGUAACCUACAAUUAUGAUAAAUUCACUGCAACUGCCAUCGAUAUCGGACUAAUAGAUCCCCCAAGAGACUGGUACCGCUCACAUUGCCGGAAUGUGAUUACUAUUAUUAUCAUGUAUAAUCGACAUGCCUUCAUUCCUGGUAGAAGAAAACGAAGUUUCAAACCAGAGUUUGUUCAACAAGUAUUCGGUAGUGGCGGGGAGAUCUACGGCUAUCAUAAUCUAAGUGUGGAUAUUUAUUAUCUUGCAAACUCUGCAGUGUGUUAUGUAGAAUUAACAUACACAGGUAUGACAACACCUCCUUUUGAACUUGAACCAGAUGAUAUAAUGGAAAGGUUGGCACCAUGGCUGCCUCGGGGUUUCAAGACUAGAAGAUUCCCUUUCUUUAUAGAGUACUGCAAAGAAAGGCGCACUCAUAAAAUGUUCGGUACACCAAUGGAAAGAGUACAGAUCUACAAUCCAACUGAUAGGGCCACCUAUAACUAUACCUUUACAUGCUGCCGAAAUGUCGAUACUGAGUUUAAGGAAUUUCAUGACCGUUUUCAAUCCAUGACAGUGUGGUUUUUUAAGAAGGCAAGGCUAAUAGAAGUUGACGAUCCAAACUGGCUUUACAUUUAUGUCGCUUCACACCACAUCCGUAUCCAGGGUGUAAUAAUUAGGUAUGUAAAAAACAAUGGGUGAUAGAAGGAC